UGACUCACGGCGCGGCGAUAAGCGCGGCCCGGCCCGGCCCUGCCCGCCGCGGCCCCGGCAUGUCCGGGACAUGGGCGGCCCCGCCGCGCCGCUGCUGUGCCCGGGGCUCCUCCGGGGGCUGCUCCCGGCCCUGCCGCUGCUGCUGCUGCUGCUCCCGGCGCAGUGCCUCAAAGGCGGUGCUGUGACUGUCCCAGAAACACUGCUCUUCAUAUCCACUCUGGAUGGAAACCUCCAUGCAGUGAGUAAGAGCACAGGUGACAUCAAGUGGACCCUGAAGGAUGAUCCUAUUCUGCAGGUGCCGGUUUAUGUGGCAGAACCAGCGUUCCUUCCAGACCCCAAUGAUGGCAGCCUGUAUAUCCUGGGAGGAAAAAACAAAGAAGGCUUGAUGAAACUCCCGUUCACCAUCCCGGAGCUGGUCCAGUCCUCACCAUGCCGCAGUUCGGACGGCGUGCUCUACACCGGGAAGAAGCAGGACACCUGGUUCAUCGUGGACCCCAAGUCAGGGGAGAAGCAGACCACUCUCUCAACAGAGGCCUGGGAUGGUCUGUGCCCAUCAAGUCCCCUGCUCUACAUCGGCCGUACCCAGUACGUCAUCACCAUGUACGACACCAAGUCGCGGGAGCUGCGCUGGAACGCCACCUUCUCCGACUACUCGGCGCCGCUCUGCGAGGAGUCCUACCACUACAAAAUGGCACACUUCGCCUCGAGCGGGGACGGGCUGGUGGUGACGCUGGACAAGGAGAGUGGGGAGGUCCUGUGGGCGCAGAACUAUGGCUCGCCCGUGGUCGGCAUCUACGUGUGGCACCAGGACAGCCUCCGCCGCAUCCCCCACCUCAACCUGGCCAUGGAGACCCUGCGCUACCUGACCUUUCACUCGCAGGACAUCCACCUCCUCAAGUGGAGCUACCAGUCUGUGAAAGACUUCGCCGCCACCAAGACCCAGCUGCUGCCAGCGCUCUACGUGGGGAAGUAUGCGGCCAGCUUCUACGCCUUGACCUCCCUGGUCCAUGGCAGCGUGGCUCUGGUGCCGCAGGGCAUCACGCUGGCCAGGAUCGACGGCCCCACCACAGAUGAUGUGACCAUGAGAGAGUCGGGAGAGUGUGAGAUCACGCCCAGCACCGACGUCAAGUACCCUCAGGGCAGCAUCACCUCACUCCACAACCAGUGGCUCCUCAUAGGGCACCACGAGCUGCCUCCCGUGGUCCACACUACGAUGCUGCGAGCCUUCCCCGAGAACCUGAGGAAGACAACGGAAACCAUCAUCCCCAGGGCUCCUCGUGCCAGGACCGUGUUUGACGACUUUCUGGCCCCGAGCAGCCCGGAGGAGCCGGCUGUCCGCAGCGAGGGCCCAUUCCAGCCGGACCCCGCACCGAGGGAGCAGGCGGAGGUGUACCCCGAGACCGGCACCUGGGACCUGGUGAUGGCUGGCGUCGGCACGGCCCUGCUGGGUGGAGGAGUCCUGUUCCUCCUGCUCACGAAACUGCAGAAGCAGCAUGCAGUGCAGCAGCAGCAGCUGGAGAAGCAGAUUCAGCUCCUGCAGCAGCAGCAGGAGAUGCUGCUCCCAGGCCGCGUCUCCGGGGAGGGUGUUCCUGCAGAGCCUGGGGAGCCGGGGCUGAGACGGAGAAGUGCAUCUCAGCUCUCACAGAGCUCCAGCCCCUCGGCUCACCUGAAGGACUCGGCUAAUGGGAUGGUCAGCCCGGAUCUGGCUGUCCCAGCGGCCGCUGAAGAUGCAGAACCAGACGUGAUUGUAGUUGGGAAAGUUUCUUUUAAUCCCAAGGAUGUGCUGGGCCAUGGAGCUGGAGGAACCUUUGUCUUCAGGGGACAGUUUGAUGGCCGGAACGUGGCUGUGAAGCGCCUCCUGCCCGAGUGUUUCCAUCUCGUGGACCGCGAGGUCCAGCUGCUCCGGGAGUCGGACGAGCACCCCCACGUCGUCCGCUACUUCUGCACCGAGAAGGACAAGCAGUUCCACUACAUCGCCAUCGAGCUCUGCUCUGCCACGCUGCAGGAGUAUGUGGAAAGCCCCAGCUUCGAUCGUCGCAGCCUGGACCCGGUGUCUCUGCUGCGUCAGACCAUGUCCGGGCUGGCCCACCUCCACUCCCUCAGCAUCGUCCAUCGUGACCUGAAGCCCUGUAACAUCCUCAUCUCCGUCCCGAAUCGCCAUGGGCAGAUCCGAGCCGUCAUCUCUGAUUUUGGCCUCUGCAAGAAGCUUCAGGGGGGACGACAGAGCUUCAGCCUCCGCUCCGGCAUCCCUGGCACCGAGGGCUGGAUCGCGCCCGAGGUUCUGCAGGAGGCCCCGAAGGAGAACCCCACCUGCGCCGUGGACAUCUUCUCAGCCGGCUGCAUCUUCUACUACGUGGUGUCAGGAGGGCAGCACCCGUUUGGGGACAGCUUGCGGCGGCAGGCCAACAUCUUGUCGGGCUCUUACCAGCUGAGCUGCCUGCAGGAAGAAGUUCAUGACAAGCUUGUUGCGAGAGAGCUGAUUGUGGCAAUGAUCAACCCUGAGCCCCAGCACCGACCCUCAGCCUCCGUGGUCCUUGUGCACCCUUUUUUCUGGAGUCAGGAGAAGCAGCUGCAGUUCUUCCAGGACGUCAGCGACCGCAUCGAGAAGGAGCCUGCGGAGGGGCCCAUCGUCUCGGCCCUGGAGGCGGGGGGACGGUCGGUGGUGAGGACCAACUGGAGGAUGCACAUCUCCCUCCCGCUGCAGACAGACCUGAGGAAGUUCCGCACCUACAAGGGGGCCUCGGUGCGCGACCUCCUGCGGGCCAUGAGGAAUAAGGUAUGGCUGCCCCAGCUCCCCUGCGACCCCAAGACCCGUGCUUCCCGCUCACCUCUGCCUCUCUCCUGCAGAAGCAUCACUACCACGAGCUGCCGGCCGACGUCCGGGCGGCCCUGGGCUCCGUCCCCGACGGCUUUGUGCAGUACUUCACCUCCCGCUUCCCACGGCUGCUGCUACACACGCACGGGGCCAUGAGGGUCUGCGCCCACGAGCGGCUUUUCCACUCCUACUACUGCCAGGGACCAGAAGGUGACGGCAAGUGACAGGGACAUGCGCCGGGACGGCACUCACAGUGCCAGGCUGCUGCGGACGCUCCUCCCUGCCCUGCCCGUACCCGCAGCCCCAUCUUGCAGCAGCCCCAGGGCUCUCCAACAUCCUUCUUCCCCUCCCUGGGGCAAGCUGGGGGUCCCAGGACCGGCUGGUCGCCCAGUGUACACAUGGGUCACAGCAGCAAGGUGCGGAAGAAGUGAGCGUAGGGUGGCACUGGGCUCUCGCCUGGGGUCUCCUGAGCCCAGGAAGGACCCUCUGGCCACCCACCUUUGCAAACGCUCACAGGCUAAGUGGCCUGAAGGCGUCUGUGUCAGAGAACAAAGCCACCUCUGCAGCGGACAUGGUGUUUUAGAAGAAAGAAGCAAACACGUGUUGGGUUUUUGCGAGGGCAGCCGGCAGAGUGAUGCACUGGCAGCGAUGCAGCCGGGCUGGGGCCAGGUCCCAACAGGGCGUUCACCAGGGAUUGGUGCACUUUGUCCUCCCGUGCCACGUUCCUGGGAAAGCUGCUCUGAGCGUGUGUCGAACAUGGUCGUGACUGGGACUGGCACACCAGUCUUGACACUGGAGAUGAUCCUUCAGCCCUGCCAAGGCACAGCAGGUCAGCUUUCAGCAGCCACCCCAGGUCUCAGACCUGCUAUUGGCAUCAGGGCUGCUGAGGGCAAGGUGCCGCCAGCCCCAGAGGGAGGCAUGGGGCCUCCAGCACAAUCCCAAGAAUGAAGUUUUUGAUCUCAGCUGGGCUGAGAAAAAGGUUUUUUUCUCCCUCUUGGUCACCAGCAGCCUGUUAUGCCAGGCCACGACGCCCUGCGUCAGUCAGAGCAGCUGUUCAGGAGCAGUUAUCUUGGGACACAAAGGCAGGGAAACCCCUUCUCCCUAGGGAUCCUUUCACACGUGAGUGCCUGCAGCUCCCACAGCCUCCUGCUGCCCCAGGACGGGUUUCCCAGAGGUGUUCUACUUUAUAGCAUCCCCAUGGGCAUGUAUUUCAUAUGAGCCAGCCUCCAAGUAGAGCACCCACUGAAGCCACGGGCAACCUGGGAGCCCCUCAGCAAGGUUUCCUCUCUUGGAACAGCAAUAAUUUUGUACAGACUGAUUCCUCUGCGUGUUGGGGUAUGGGAUUUUGUUACACAGGUAACAAGGGGUUUGGACCUGGUUAGUUUUUA